AUGUCCACAUCUGUACUACCUGAUGAGCUGGUGGUGGACAUCCUGUCUCGACUGCCACUGAAGUCGGUUUGCCGCUUCAAAUGUGUUUGCAAGUCUUGGCUUGCCUUCUCCUCUCAUCCGUACUACCGCCAGAAGCUCCCACGAACUCCUGCCGGCCUCUUGUACCGACAACGUGAGCCCGUCAGACUUCCCUGGUCUCUUGGCACUUCCAUCCAUCUCGCCAGUCUUCCUGGAAAGGGCAGUGAAAUUGACACGAGACUUAACUUUGUGCCACUACGUUAUAAGAACUCAAACCUUGAAGAUUGCAGCAAUGGCCUACUUCUUUGUUAUCAGGGAGGAGGUUAUAAGCGUGAAGAAAUUUCCAAUGCCAUUGUGUGCAAUCCAGCAACUCAAGAGUGGAUGGCACUUCCAAAUACUGAACCUGGACCUCCUAUUUGCAGUACUGAUCUCAGGUUGUGCUUCGAUCCAUUAUGGUCUCAGCACUUCUAUGUCUUCAAAUUCCAGUCGAUCCCGCACUUGACCCCCCAUAUUGGGACCACGACUGAAGUUGAGGUAUUUUUCUCCGAAGACUCCUCGUGGUCUGAUUGUCUUUGGGAAACUGAGCAUGCAUUUGUUGGUGAUGCACUCUUCGUAAAUGGUGUGUUAUAUGUGAAGCACUUAUGGCUCCGUGAAAUUCUAGCGCUCGACGCACCUGACACAAGUGCACAAGGGCUCAAUAGUAGGAUCGUUCAGCUGCCAGGGUUUGCAAAUGACAUGUUUAACUGUUGUGAUGGGUGCCUUUGCCAAGCAUCAAGUGUCUUAUGCUAUGCGAAACAAGAAAUGGAUGGCUGUGUAGUGAGAAUUUGGAGUUUGGAAGGCUCUGACAAGUGGGUAGUGAAGCAUCGUGUAAGGAUGGCUGAUGUAUUCGGGAGGGACAAUUUGCUCAGCAUCGAUACUGAAGGAUAUUGGCAUUUCGAUUAUGACAUCCUUGCUUUUGACAUGGAGAGAGAGCUAGUCAUCCUCGAAUACAAGAAAGCUGAUAAGAUCAUCUCAGUUAGCAUCAGUACUGGAAAACGCUCGCGGUUUGUAAAGAUUCCUAAAAAGUUCACUCAACUGUACCGCAGUCUAUUCUAUGUGCCAUACUAUGGUGAGGUUCCAGCUUUGGUGCGCUAG